CAAGCGUUCCUCCAGCUUGUUUGACUGGUAGCUCAAAAGCUUUUCUUCCGUCUUCACCCUCUCAUCCUCUCUCAAUCCCUUCCCUUCACCAUGAAAAUCUUUCAGACCCUCUUUCCGUAUGGAUCAUGGACGUCCCUGAAACCCCUCCCAACGCUCAAACCAGCGACCGCGACGACGAACUCCGCCAACUUCGUACCCAACAUGACUCCCUCCUCGCCGAGCUCGAAGCCCUUCGCUCAGUGCACAAAACGCUCCAUUCGAAGAACACGGCGGCCGAAGCCAAUUCGGCACUACUGAAGCAGCAAAAGGAUGAAGCCCUUAAGCGCAACUUCGAUUUGACGAAGGUUGUAGAAGAAGUCUCCAGCGAAAGAGGCGCUCUUCGCGAUGAAAAUGGUCGGCUUGAGGAGAGUUACAAAGAGCGCGAGGAGGAAUUGGUGGGAAAGAUCGAGGAGGAGGUGAGGGAGAGGGAAGAACUCAGAAUUGAGUUGGAAGUUUCGAGAAGGAGAAUGGAGGAGCUGGGGGACGAGAAGAGACGGAGGGAUGAGGUUUUGGCGCGGAGUUUGGAUGCGAUGAGGUCGGUGAAGGAGGGUUUGGAGAGGGUAAUUGAGAGUGUGGGCGAAGAGAAAGUGGAGAUUGAGAUUGGGGAAGGAGAGGAGGUGGAGGAGGAUUUGGGAUUGGAUGAUGAAACGAGGCCGAUUUGGGAAGAAAUCAGGGCUGUGUCAAAGCUUGUGAGUGCGGCAGAGGCGAAGGUGGGGGAAUAUGUGGAAAUGAAGAAUAAGGAGAAGAGAGAGUUGGAGAGCAGUGUCGUGAGUUUGACGGAGGAGAAUCGUGACAUCAAUAGCUUGUUGAGGAUUGCUUUGGUGGAGAAGGAGGCAGUGGAGAAGAGUCUUAAUAGGCUCAAGGGCAACAACGAUCAAAAACGAGUUGCCAUUUUGCAGAUUGCGGAGAGGGGAUUGAAGGCUGGGUUUGGGUUCAUGCUGGGAGCUCCAGCUAAUGAACCAUCUUCUGACAAUUCAGGUGCCGUCAGUGGGUGUAGCAAAUCGGAUGGCAGUGAAUGUGAAGAGGAGGCUGUUAGUCUGGCCUCCACAGUUGAGAAGAUAAUGAAAAACUUGCGACUUGAAAUCACUCAUUUGAGAAAGGCUCUGGAGGAGUCUAGGUCAGAUACUGAGCGAUUACAAAGUCUUACAGGGAAACAAGCACAAAAAAUUGCAGAAAACACAUUGUACAUUAAAGAAUUGGAACACAGAGAGACAGUUUUGGCCCAAAAUGUCGAAGAACUCCUGAUGGAAAUAAAAGAAACUGAAGAAGAGGUUGCUAGAUGGAGAGAAGCUUGUGAGUUGGAAGUUGAAGCUGGACAAAAUGUUGUUGAAGAAUGCGACAAAGUGAGGAGACUGAAGGAUACACCUGUGCAACAAGGAAUGACUAAGGCUCUACUUGGCGUUCAACCGGUUGGAAUGGAUGAGGCAACAUGGGGAGAAUUGGAAGCAAAGGUCGUUUCUACAAUACGCUUGUGUUUGACCGAUGAAGUUCUCUAUCAUGUGAUGGAGGAGGAUUCUCCAGCGGCUGUGUGGCGAAAGUUAGAAUGCUGGCUGCCAUACUGAAACAAGAAUUGGAGAAAACAAAGGCGGCUUUGGACAUAUCAAACAGCAAGCUGAAGCUGAAAGAAGAACUUGCAGGUGCAGCCAUGGCUGCCCAGGCUGCAGCGGAGAAGUCUCUCCAGCUGGCUGAUGGAAGGGCUGCGGUCCUCCGUGUACGGAUUGAGGAGUUAACGCGGCAAUUGGAAGAAGCAGAAAAGAGGGAGAGGAAUAGCCGCCGUAGGGUGAGACACAUAUGUUGGCCCUGGCGUAUACUCAAGUUCAACCCAACUAAUACCCCAACCACUAGAUUUCAGAACAUCAAACGGAUGCUCCCAGAUAUGCAACCCUUGCUUCAUCAGACCGUGUGAAAUCAUACUGCUAUGCUGACUGCAAUUUGCUUCUCAAUUAAUUUCUGUUUUAUACUGUGUUAUUCAUUUAUUUGGGGAUGAGGGUUUGGGCAUUUUGAAUCUUUCUUUCACUACCCUUCAUUUUGAUUAUUAUUUUUUCUUCCUCCUGUAAUCAGAGAACUGCCAGGAUUGCUUAUCAUCAUGUUCUUCACGUCUGUAAUUAUAUUAGCUGAUUGCUGAUACUUCCUCUGAA